AGCCUUCUAGCACUACAUUUAGUAUAUAUGUGAUACUAUAAGUACUGCUAAAUGUUAGUAGGAAACCGUAAAUCGUGAAAUGUUAGCCAAAAAUAUAUGCUUUUUGGCAGCAGAAUUUACGAGCCAACAACAACUCGACAACAAAUGAAGUAAUGUGGAAAGUAGAAAGUGCAGAGACUACACUGACAAUGUGAAGAAAAUUGUGCGCUGAUUUUUAUUGCCUAACUUGUGCCAGAAUAAAUAUAUAAUACUAGACAUAAAAUGUGCCUUCACUUGCUUUGCUGAUAUUAACACAAAACCAUAAAAGUAUUAAGAGAUAAAAAAAAUUAAAAAAAAAACUUCGAAAAAGUUUUAGUGUAAGCGAAUCUUUGAGGAGAAUCACAAAAAGUGCCUUUCUGAAAAAAAAAUAUUAAGAAGUGAGACAGUGAGACAGUAAAGCGCUUGAAACUACAGCAAUCCAAAUCGUUAUUUGACUACUUGAUACUCCACUGCUAAGAUCCCGUUAGACUGCAUUUCAAAAUGUCGCGCGAGGUUAGCUUUAGUCGCCAAUCCUUGGAGCUACGCAGUCAAGAAUCCUCAUUAUUACCCGCCAUCAGCGCUAAUGCCGGCGGUGAUGUGAGUGUCAGCAACGCAGACACAUUGGCUACCUCUAGCACUACCUCCGCCGCUGUCGUUGCUUCGACACCAGCCAGCAAUAAUCCGGCUUUGGGCGCCUCACAGCGUCGUCGCCAGCGCAAAGGCAUCACACAGCGUCAGGAUUCGUGGUUUCGGCAUUCAAUGCCACCAGCUUUGACACGCGAUUUCGAGUCCAUUGAGAAUUUGGCGCAGAACACCACGAAUGGUUUGGACGAACAGUUGGCCGCCUCGCUUUCUGGACGCUUUGGCGCAUCCACGUCGGCGUCACUGGCCGCUUCGACGGCGCACAGUGGCGGCAGUGGCAGUUUGACAGUGUGCGGCUUUGGCAUCGGCGGUCUUGGUGGUUACGGUGGCAGUGGACUGAGCGGCAAUGGUGGCGGCGGUGGUGGUGUUGUGGGUGGCAAUCGUUUCGGCGGCGGCAUCAAUCUCAAUAGUGCCAAUAGUAAUUUGGGUUUCAUCGAUUCGGAUGAAUCGAAUAUAAAUACACCGAUUACACCGCUCGCUUCACAUUCGGCGUCCAUUUACGGUGGUUUGCAGCAGCAGGGCUCGGUGUCGGCUGCCUCUGGUACGGUGUCAUCGUCGAAUGCAAUUGCUAAUGGUGGCAAUGGUGGUGGUGGUGGUGGCGGUGUUUGCCGUAGGCAUAGAUCGAAGCGACGCAAGGAUUCGCGGGCGUCGGUGUUGUCGAAGCAAAGCGGUAAUAGCGUAAGAAGUCGCGUUUCGGCGUUGGCCGCCAGAGCUGGCCUGCAUAUGACGGCGUCAUUCUUGCGCAAAAAGCGAAAGGAAUAUGAAGACGAUGAGGACCUCACUUCAACAGCGGCUGCGGCCGAUGAUACGGAUAGACGAAUAAUAUUUUUGAAUCGACCGCAAAUACAGAAGUUUUGCAACAAUCACAUAUCAACUGCGAAAUAUAGUUUUAUAAGCUUUUUACCAUCGUUCCUUUUUGAACAAUUUAGACGUUAUUCAAAUUGUUUUUUCCUAUUAAUUGCAUUAUUACAACAAAUUCCUGAUGUCUCACCGACGGGUCGCUAUACAACACUGGUACCGUUAAUAUUUAUUUUAUCCGUGAGCGGUAUUAAAGAGAUCGUCGAAGAUAUUAAACGUCAUCGUGCAGAUAAUGAAAUCAAUCAUCGUAUGGUGGAGGUGUUACGAGACGGCGCUUGGACUUCGGUGCGAUGGCGUGAUCUCGGUGUUGGGGAUAUUGUAAAAAUACCCAAUAAUAUAUUCUUUCCCGCUGAUAUACUGUUAUUGUCGUCGAGUGAACCACAAGCGAUGUGUUUCAUUGAAACAGCAAAUUUAGAUGGUGAAACCAAUCUGAAGAUCCGUCAGGGUGUGCCAGCAACGGCGAAAUGCCUGGAAACCAAAGAUCUGCUGCAGCUGGACGGCACCGUCGAAUGCGAGCUGCCAAAUCGACAUUUGUACGAAUUCAAUGGCGUACUCAAGGAGAAUAAUAAGCCCACCGUUGCUCUCGGUCCCGAUCAGAUAUUGCAACGCGGCGCCGUUUUACGCAACACCGCCUGGAUAUUCGGCGUUGUCGUCUACACCGGACACGAUACGAAACUUAUGAAAAACUCUACCUCAGCGCCAUUAAAACGCUCAACCGUCGACACUGUGACGAAUACACAGAUCUUAAUGUUAUUCGUUAUAUUGGUCGUUUUAUCGUUGACCAGUGCGAUAUUGAACUUUUUCUGGACGCGCGAUUAUGCGAAAAUCUUUUGGUAUUUGGGCAUAAGUGAGGACAUUAAAAGUAAAAACGUUGGCUAUAAUUUAUUGACAUUCUUUAUUCUCUACAAUAAUCUUAUACCGAUAUCCUUACAAGUGACUCUGGAGUUAGUACGUUUUCUACAGGCCAUCUUCAUAAAUUUCGAUAUACACAUGUACUAUGCCGAAACGGAUACGCCGGCAAUGGCACGCACCUCCAACCUCAACGAAGAGUUGGGUAUGGUGAAGUAUAUAUUUUCCGAUAAGACCGGCACGCUGACGCGCAAUGUUAUGGUGUUUAAGAAGUGCUCAGUGGCGCGUUAUAUGUACGAACCGGGUAAUACGCCCGAGGACUCGACUAUUGUGCAGAAUUUGCUUGGCAAUCACAACACCGCGCCCAUCAUCAAGGAAUUCCUCACAUUACUCGCCGUCUGUCACACUGUCAUACCGGAGAAGUUCGAUGACGGCUCGAUCAUCUAUCACGCCGCCAGUCCCGAUGAGCGCGCCAUCAUCGAAGGUGCACGCAUGUUCGGUUUCAUCUUCGAAUCACGUACACCACAUUAUGUAGAGAUCAAUGCGCUCGGUACUAUUGAACGCUAUGAAAUACUCAAUGUGCUCGAGUUUACGUCGACGCGCAAGCGCAUGUCGGUAAUUGUGCGGGCGCCCACCGGUGAGAUUAAACUCUAUUGUAAAGGUGCCGAUACAGUGAUCUAUGAACGUCUCUCACCUGAUGGCCAAAUGUAUCGUGAUGCCACGUUGCAUCAUUUGGAAGAGUUUGCUUCGGAGGGUUUACGUACCUUAUGCUGUGCCGUUUCGGUAAUACCCGAGGAUGUGUAUAACGAGUGGAAGGAGACGUAUCAUAAGGCGUCGACGGCAUUGCAGUAUCGUGAGCGUAAAGUGGAGGAUGCCUCCAAUUUGAUUGAGAACAAUCUGAUAUUAUUGGGUGCGACAGCUAUUGAGGAUAAGUUGCAAGAGGGUGUGCCAGAGACGAUAGCCUCACUGCUGGAGGCGGGCAUUUAUAUUUGGGUGCUAACUGGCGAUAAGCAGGAGACAGCGAUCAAUAUCGGCUACUCAUGCAAACUGAUUUCACACUCAAUGGAUAUUAUUAUACUCAAUGAGGGUAGUUUGGAUGCCACACGUGAUAUUAUACACCGCCAUGUGGACGAGCUGAAGAGCACUGACAUGAAAGAGUGCAAUGUAGCGCUUGUGAUCGAUGGCCAGACAUUGAAGUAUGCUUUAAGCUGUGAUCUGAAGCAGGAAUUUCUAGAACUCUGCUUGGUGUGUCGUGUGGUGAUCUGCUGUCGCGUCUCACCAAUGCAAAAGGCGGAGAUCGUCGAGUCCGUUACACAAGCCACCGGCGCCGUAACACUCGCUAUCGGUGAUGGCGCCAACGAUGUGGCUAUGAUACAGAAAUCCCACGUAGGUGUUGGUAUUUCGGGCGUUGAAGGGCUGCAGGCAGCUUGCGCCUCCGACUAUUCGAUAGCACAAUUUCGUUAUUUGAAACGUUUGUUGUUGGUGCAUGGCGCUUGGAAUUAUAGUCGCAUCACGAAAUUGAUACUCUACAGUUUCUAUAAGAAUGUAUGCUUGUAUGUGAUUGAAUUGUGGUUUGCCAUCUAUUCGGGUUGGUCGGGUCAGAUUUUAUUCGAACGUUGGACUAUCGGUUUAUAUAAUGUUAUGUUUACCGCUUUGCCACCAUUCGCUUUGGGGCUCUUCGAUAAAGUUUGUUCGGCAGAGACGAUGCUUAAAUAUCCGCAGUUGUAUAAACCAUCACAGGAUGCGAAACUCUUCAAUGUCAAAGUGUUUUGGGUGUGGAUAUUCAAUGCGCUUUCGCAUUCGGUAUCGCUCUUCUGGCUGCCGAUGCUGAUGACGACGAUGUCGGUGUGGCCCGAUGGCAAAACGAGUGAUUAUCUCUUUUUGGGCAAUAUUGUGUACACGUAUGUCGUCGUCACGGUUUGUCUGAAGGCCGGCCUUAUCACCAACUCAUGGACGUGGAUGACACACGCCUCAAUUUGGGGUUCAAUAGCUAUGUGGUUCUUGUUCAUGGUGAUCUACAGCAACUUCUGGCCCACCAUUAUGUUGGCGCCAAUCUUUUUAGGCAUGGAUCGCAUGGUGUUCUCAACUGUCGUUUUCUGGUUGGGUCUCUUGCUCAUACCCAUAACGACGCUUUUGCCCGAUAUUCUAUUCACAAUUGUGCACAAUACGGUAUUCAAAUCGCUAACGGAAGCCGUACGUGAAUCAGAGAUACGCCGUUAUGAUCCUGAAAAUGUGAUACGAGAGUCGAAAACAUCUACUAGCUAUCGAAACAUGCGCUUUCCUAAACAAUCUCGUCUUCAAUCUUUCCAAAGAAUGCAAGUUCGUGUAUAAUUGAAAAAACGCAAAGUGAUACAAAUGAAAUUAAAGGCAGAGAACUUGGUAAAAAAGAAAAACAGAAGUUAAUGAAAAAACAAAAGAAAAAGAAAAUCAAUUGUUGGAUUGGAGCCAUUGAAAAGAUAUUUUUCUGGUCACAUAUUGUUACACGGACCUUCCUUUAUAUCAAAGUUUAUUUUUAUUGCACUGAAAAUGUUUUUUACCAAAUUGUUUUGUAAAAUAUGCUAUGUAUUUAUCUUUCAUUUUAUAAUCUGUUUAAGAAAAAUGUAUGAUGUGGUUUUUUAUUGAAAGAAAUCUGAAGUUUAUGUUGUUUAUGAAACAAAGAAAAUGUGAAGAUUUGUAUGGAAAUAGAAGUCAGUUUUAAUUGUUGAUUAAGACGUAAUAGCGUUUCAGACAGCCAAAUUAAUUGAUCAAUUAAAAUUUUUAUUGAAAUACCCUUUUUUGUCUUUUAUACUGCCGGCUACUCGAUAAUCGAUCAGCUGUUAUAAAUUUUAGUUUUUGCUUUUCAUAAGAAGUUGGUAAGUUUCAGCAGCUGAUUAAUACUUUUAACAGCAGCAUCUACCGUAGCUUUUUUUUAUCAAAAAAUGCAGCCAAUCACAGACAAACGUAUAUCAUACGUCUUUGACGCAGAGUUAAAUUUGAUUUUCAAGUCGUUUAAAAUUCAAUUCAAAAUAAAUGCAGAUUUUAUUUUGUAUGGUCAAUCGAUCUUAAUAAGCAUUUUAAUCGAGCAGAGGCCGGUUAAUUGAUCAAUUAGCUCCUGUCUAAAAACGCUAUAAGGGAUUUCCUUUGCUAUUUAUAGCUUAUAUAGUCAUUAAAUUAGCAAACAUAUACAUUUACCAGAUGGCAACGGUGGAUAUAAUAUUUAACAUUGCAAAUUCCAUUUACUCACCUUGCUAAUGUAAAUAAUAAAAUAUUUUUUUUUUGUUUAUUUUUAUAAACAAAAUUUAUUUUUGAAAAUAAUUUAUGCACAUUUAACAUUCUUAAAUGCUUGACUGCACUAAUUUUUAGCUGGUGUAUAUUUAUAUUACGAAUUUCUUAAAAUUUAUUUGUUUAAAAACUAUUUUUUAGUAAAAUAUAGCCAAUAAAUAUUAUUGCAUUAAAAUGUAUUAAUAUAAUUAUAAUAAAAUAUAAAAAAAAUAAAUGUUUUAAAUUUAAUUUAUUUAUUAAAAAAAUAUUACAAUACCUGCUCAACACCUUUUAGAGUGUAAAAUUUGUUAUUAUUAAUUUUUUUGUAAAAAAAAAAUAUUUUUAAUUAAUUAAAAAUUAAAAAAUUAAUUAUAUUUAAUUAAUUAUUUUUUUUAUUAUUUCUUUAUUAUUUUUGUUGUAAAAAAUUUUCUUAAACAACUGUAAGCUUCUUUAUAGCUCAGAUAGCAAUACAAUACACAAUCUACUUAGCUCUAAAUUUCUUCAGUUUUCAUAAAAAUAUAUAUUAAAUAUUUUAUAUUGUUUUAGUUUUAUAAUUAAACAAAUGGAUAAAAAUAUAACAAACACAAUUUUGUUAAAAAUUACUGCGAUUAGUGUUAAAGAGUUAUGAAAAAAUGAUAUGUUAAAGAACUAUAGAAAAAAUAUUAUAUUAUACUCGUAUAAUUUGGUGUUAGUUGAGAGAACGUAGUCAAUGUUUGUAUGUAUUAAUUUCACGAAAUAAAUGUAAAUAAAUAUUUUUUGUAAACUACUACUAUAUUAACUAACGGUAAAAAUACUAUACUGUUUUGAUAUGUGCGACUGUCCGCCAAACUAAUGCCUGCUACUCCUCUACAAACUAGUGUAGUGUAAUAUUAUAUUUUACGGAUUUUAGUUUACCACGAAGUAUUAUAAUAUAUAAGCAGUAUAUACAUAUGUAUGUAUAUAUUAUAUAUAAAUUGUUGUAAAUUUAUUUGUCACUCAUUUUUCUUUUCUUUUAUUUCCCCACUUUUGUACGCUUCCCUCCCACCAACGCGUUUGUUUGUGUGUGUUUACGAAAUGCUAACAAAAAAUAUUUAAAAAAAUUAAAUUUAAAUUUGAAAAAAAAAAUAUUAAAAAUAAAAAAUAAUGUCAAACUUCAUAAAAUUAAC